AUGGAUGGUGAACAAGAUACAUCUAUUGCAGAGAAGGUACAAAUUCUGGAAGCAGAGAUGGAGCGUCUAUACAAAGAGAAUGAGAAGCUCAGCUUAUCUCUUGAAGUGAUGACCAAUAACUGCAGGUUCCUUCAAGCCUACCUGCAGGGGAAGCUGACACAAGAAAUAUCUGUUGCCACAGCUGCCGAGAGUGGCUCAAGUGAAGACUUCAACAAGAGAGCUAGGAAUGAAGUAUCAAAAACCAAGAUGUCACGAGUCCUCACAAGAACCGAUCCGGGGGACUUUAGUCUUGUAGUGAAAGAUGGAUACCAGUGGAGGAAAUAUGGGCAGAAGACUACUAAAGAUAACCCAUCACCCAGAGCUUAUUUCAGGUGUUCCAUGUUUCCAUCUGGUUGCCCUGUCAAGAAAAAGGUGCAGAGAUGUGUAGAGGACAAGUCCAUACUAGUUGCAACAUAUGAAGGAGAGCAUAACCAUGCGGUUAUUGAAGCACCAAGUGGUUUUACAUAUUCACCAGAUUGCACAAUCAUGGGCUCAACUACCAAUUCCCAUUGUUUUUUAUCUAAUCUUAACCUUCGUAAACCAAAUACAACACUUAGUUUAGCUCUUCCUCCGGUUUAUGAAGGCAACAAAAUUGAAGAAUAUGUAGCUUCCUUAACCAGAGAUCCUAACUUCAUUGAAGCUUUAGCAGUAGCAGUUGCAAGGUCAAUUGUGACCCUCCCUCAUUCUACUCAGAUGUAA